AUGAGCGGAGCAAGCACUCCCGAAGAAGAGUCCUUCACAACCAUCGAACUCCCAGGCCCCAGCGGCGACGACAAUCACAUUGGUCUUCACCUCCCGGCACGCGACAGUUUGGACCUAGAUCGCCGCGGGGUUAGACUAUGCGACGCGAAGCGCUCUCGAGUCUUCCAUGAGACUGCAUCUCGUUCGAGUGAAGAAGUCAUGACCAGUGCCUGGAAUUGCCACCUGGAACAUCGGGAUAGUCUUGAUCUUGAUCGCAACGGAAACAGACUGUGCGCCACCCGAGGUUCGGCUCCAUGGCGAGUUCCCCAGAAGAAUGGAAAGGGUGGAUGUCUCACGAGAAAGUGGCUCAAGAUGAGAUGGCUCAAGGUGAAGGAGCAAGUCUGUCAGAGUUGUGAGUGCGAGGCUAUGCGAAUGAGGAGCAUGGUCAACUUUCUCAAGCCCCUGAGAGCAGACUGUGGUGGCCAUGAGAUCUAG